CGCACGCAAGAGAAGUUAGUAUUGGGGGAAAAGCAUGAAGCAUGAGAAUGAAAUGUGUAAAACGUUAGGUAGAGGCUGAACUUGUGACUAAACUGAGGCAACAGUUUUUACAUUUUCUUGUGUUUUUGGAGUGCUUCUAUCCCAGUUCAUAAAUGAAUGUACAUUUUAUUUUGGUUGCUUUCUAAACCCAUAUUAUAAUGUCUGAACAUGAGAAUAUAAAAACACUGUGUUACAAAACAUCUAUCAUAAUCUUUAGAAUCGCCAUAUGGUUUGUAUGCGCGUGUUGAUCUCAGCACGCACUGUGAUGCUGGCACGGCACCUUGCUAACACCCACAUGUCCAUGUCAGAGCCUCUGAUGAACUAAUCUAGCAGUCAGCGUGGUGACGGGAUCCCCGGCCGAGAGAUGGCCUUCUUUAAGAGCUUCCAGCAGAACCUUCCAUCUGUCAACAUUUCCUCCCUCUUGGACACAGUCACCAGCCGCGUGGACGACUUGGCCAACGCUGUCAGCGACGCCACAUACGCCGUCAGCGACCAGCUGACCGAGCAGGUCACCACUAUCAUCAGCAAGGUGCAAGAUGAGGAAGAUGUGGAAAACAGUGGCCAGGAGUCUGGUCAGACUUCCACAGCACAGGAAGGAGGAAGGAAGGCCAGCAACGCAGCAUCAAAGACCAACCAGUCCAGUAAUACUAAAGAGGCUGAGUGCGCUCCGAGCCAGCAGGAGUGGGAAUGGAGGGACGGAUGCUGGCGAGUUAAAAAGACAGAAGCCGAGUUAGCAGAGGAAAAGAAGAGGAAGAAAGAGGAGAUGGAGCUGCAGGAGAAGAAAGAGCAGAGGAGAAAAGAAAGGAGAGAAAAGCAGCUGGAGAAAGAAGCCAAGGCACAGAAGAACAAAGAGGAAUCCCCAGAUGGAGAGCAAGAGGAGGAAGCUGAUGCUUUAGAGAAAACCGACACCAGUAGUGGACAGGGCAGAAAGGCGAGUGACAGCGGAGACCAACCCACCGCUCAGCAAAGAGGCGAUGAUGACUGCGUCGAACCUCCUCCAUCACCUGGUCCUGAGACUGAAAGCAGGUUAUCAAAACAGAAAAAGCAAAAAGAAGAGGAAGAGGUGACAGACAGCCUUGAUAUAGAGGGAGAUGACGAGGAAGAGGCUGAGCUUUCUAGAUCUUCCUCAACAGUGAAAAAGACAAAGUCAGACAAGAAGAAGAGGAAAGGAGAAAAGGAGGGUUCCAAGAAAUCGGAGGACACCUCAGACGUGGAGAAAAAGAAGGAGAAAGGGAAGAAAAGCAAGAAGAAAAAGAAAGGAAACCAAGAGGGAGUUUUAUCAGGCAGCGAGGAGGACAAAGGGCCCGAGGCCGUGGCCCAGCAGAACCCAACUUCUGCAUGGAGAAACAAACGCAAACAGUCCACUGAGCAGGGAGGCUACAGCAGUGAAGCCUCCAGCGAACGGGCCAGCAGCAUCCAGAGAAUAAAGAAGAAUUCCUCCCUCAGUGAUCCCCAGCCUCCUCCGUACCAGGACGAGGGCUCGGCGCCGCACGUGUCCUCUCGUUCCCGCUCGGAGCGAGGGGUCCGGAGGGGGUCGUCCCCCCAGCACUGCGACAGCCCCCGCUGCUCCAGUGACGCCAGUGUGGACCAGGACACUGAGAGCUACCUCAACAAAGGCUGUGGGGAGGACAUUCCCAGUGACAGCACCGCUGUGCUGGGACCAGAGGACGGCUCUGGUUCUCAGCUCCCUACAGCCUACGAGCCAGAGCCACUUGCCAAAUACGGCACGCUGGACGUCGCCUUCGAGUACGACUCCGGUGAGCAGUGGUUGGCCGUCACAGUCACCGCGGCGACAGACAUCCCUGCUCUCAAACAGACGGGCAACAUUGCGUGGCAGGUCCACCUGGUCCUGCUGCCCACCAAGAAGCAACGGGCCAAGACAGGCGUGCAGAAGGGUCCGUGUCCAGUCUUCACGGAAACAUUCAAGUUUUCCAGGGUGGAACAGGAGGCUCUGGGGGACUACGCUGUUCGCUUCCGCCUGUACAGCAUCCGGCGGAUGAAAAAGGAGAAGGUCCUGGGAGAGAAGGUGUUCUACCUGACUAAGCUCAACCUGCAGGGCAAGAUCGCUCUACCUGUCACCCUGGAGCAGGGCUCUGAACUUACAGGUUGUGGCUCUGUAGUGAGUGUGUCUCGCAGUGCAGGAGCUCUGUCCUAUCGCUCUACUGAAGACUCUUCCUUGCCAGAGAUCCUCCUGGGUCUUCUCUACAACUCUACCACGGGACAGUUAUCUGCUGAAGUCAUCCAGGGAAGCCACUUCAAAACCACAGCGUCUGAUAAACCCGUCAAUGGUCUGUUCUGUUGUAUAAAACACUUCGUAGGGGGGCAGCUUUAUAUCAUGAGAGACACCUACGUGAAGCUGACCAUGCUGGACUCUAAGGGGAAAGAGAUGUCCAAGUGUAAGACGGCUGUGUGCCGCGGCCAGCCCAACCCCACCUACAAGGAGACGUUUUUGUUCCAGGUGGCGCUCUUCCAGUUGUCCGAGGUGUCCCUGGUGUUGUCUGUGUUCUGCCGCCGGAGCAGCAUGAGGCCCAGGGAGAGGCUGGGCUGGGUCUCCCUGGGCCUCAACAGCACCGGCGAGGAGCAGCAGGCCCACUGGACAGAGAUGAAAGUGGCGGAGGGACAGCAGGUCUGCCACUGGCACACACUUACCGACACAUAGGAGGGCGAUUUAUGCAGUGACAUUAACAACAUUCCCUGGCUGGUCAGAGUUUGGGGGGAGCAGGAAGCACCUUGUGAGAUGUGUGAUGUGUGAUGUGUGUGUGUGUGUGUGUGUUGCAUACAGGUGUGUGAGGGCAGACAUGGGUUUCCUGCCAGAGACUGCAUGAAUACCCUUUAAUCUGCCACUUCUGUCUGAGGGCGACAGACUGAUUUUAUUGGUGGAGGUGUAAGCUCCAGCCCCAGCCUUUUUAAUGACAGAAAAAGGCAGUGGCAGACUGAAAAUUAAUGACAUUAUAAUUACUGAACUAACCAAGAACACAAGCAGGUUUUCCAGUAAUUCUGCCUACAGCAAGAUCUGCAUGUACACUUACUGUUUACAGGACAAUGUUUUCUGUUUUUGAAUCUUGGACCAAAGAGCUCGGUCCAUGACUAGCGGACUCCUCCCUGUCUCUUCUGGGCUUCUCUGGACUUCAGCUGCCACCAGCAUACCAGACAUUUCUCUAUCAGUCAUAGCCAUUGACAAAAGAGAAGGCAAUGAAAAGACUGUUACAAAGGGCCUACAACAUGCUGCAACUAUGCUUACAAGCUAUGCUUUGUACAGUUUGUUUACAUGCACAUGACAUUAUGCAAGAUCCAUUCAUAGGUUUCCCCUUUUAUGUUUUUGGAUUAUCAGUCAAAUGGUUUACCAGAUGUAUGGGUGUCUCUCUGGGGUAUGCAAGCCAGCUUUUCUGGGUUUUUUUUGUUUUUUUUUUAAAUGUGGUCUUGCAUAACUCGGUACACUAUGCAUCUGAUGCCACUUUAAACGAGAGGAAUGAAAUUCUGUCCUGAGUCUCUUACAGAAUUGGACACAGCUCUGCAUGCCACUGGUAUCAAAGAACAGCUUCCUUUCCUGUGUAAUACAGAUUGAGCCUGUUUCCAUUCAGCCUUCUGACAACUCAGCCAUGUUCAUUCAUGCAGAAACACGGUGCUUCCCGCUGAGGAGGAAUAUGCAAAAGCCUGCGCAGUCCAAUAAUCCUGGCUGAGGCCGAGAGAACAGUGUAGGCUGUGAAGUGAGUUGGAGUGUCAAAAUGAAAUUACAGUAUAAAAAAAAGUAAAUCAUACUUUCUGAUUACAAGUGAAUCGAUGAGGGAUUAUUAAAUACAAGCUAAAAUAAAUGAAAACAUUGUCCAGAAGUACGAGAAAUCUGGUUAUACCUGUGUUGUUUUCAUCUGGAACAAAGCCAAUCUUUAACCCUCAUCAGAAAAGAAAAGCUAUGAGUCAGAAAAUAAAAAAAAAAAAAGACUACUGAAGACUACACAGCCACACCCCGUGUUUCAGUCAGAAGUAUGAAACCCUCUCUCCUCUUUCCGCUGGCUGAAGCCAAGAGGUUUGGGAUGCAUUUUUCUUUUUCAUUGUCCCAGUGAUGUCAGAUCUGAACCUCUCCUCUGGGUUAAGGGUGUUGCAACCACAUCUCGCCCCUUCAGUUCUCUUGAGGGGCAAAAGUUCUACAAAUCAAAUUUUUUAUUCAUUAUAAGAUGAAUAAAAACCAGAUGUCUAGCAUUCCUUCCAGAUAAACAAUUGGCUUUUGAUUCCA